AUGAAGAUGUGCAGAUUGCCCAAGCGAACGUGGCUGCUCCAGUCGAUGGUUCUGAUGCUGAUGCUGCUCAUGGAGUUGCAGCAGCACAUCAGUGGAUUGGAACAGAGCACGGACUACUCGGUGGUUAGCAAGACUGCAGGUGUGGCCACCACCACUUCUGCACCACCCACUCUAGUGCCACCACUGAGGAUUUUCAAAGGUCGCAUUCAGACAACCACUCCCUCCACUAGAAGUACUUCUGGUUCACGUCCCUUGGCCACUGGAGCUGAAGCGCAAAAGGAAUUGGUCGGGAUCUCCUCCAAAUCGUAUAUUUCCGGACCCACCACCACACCCUCGAAGUUGUCAAAGAGAGCAGGAUUGGCAGGACCCAAGAAAUUUCCCAAGGAUUUGCGCAAUCGCAGCAGUAAUGCAGUGGAGCGCAACAAGCUGCAGCAUGAAGUUCCCGAUCACGUGCCCGACUCCUCCGGCUAUAUACCACAUCGCAUUGGUCAUCCUGUGCACUUGGACUACGGAACUACGGGAGUGGACUCAAGUGGUGCGCCAACUGGCAGCGGUGGCUAUCAUGCGGCGCCCUAUGAGAACAGCAAGUGGCAGGAGGAGUACUGGGAUCAGGAGUAUGCAGGACAUCAGCAUCAACCCAAUGGCACCAGAGUUCAACAUAUCGAGGCGGAGUGCCAGGAUGACUAUAUGAAAAUACGCAUUGGAUUCAAUGGCUCCUUCAGUGGAUUACUGUAUUCCGCUGGCUAUGCCUACGAUCCGGAUUGCAUGUACAUCAAUGGGUCUGGCAGGGAUUACUACGAGUUCUAUAUCCAGUUGAAUCGCUGCGGCACUUUGGGUAAAAAUUCCCUGCAAGAGGAAAGUCGCAAGAAUCCAACGAACUUUAUGUGGAACACGGUAACAGUUCAAUAUAACCCCUUGAUCGAAGAAGAGUACGAUGAGCACUUUAAGGUCACCUGCGAGUAUGGCUAUGAUUUCUGGAAAACCGUGACCUUUCCCUUUCUAGAUGUGGAAGUUGCUACUGGCAAUCCUGUGGUCUUCACGCUAAGUCCCCCCGAGUGCUACAUGGAGAUCCAAAAUGGUUAUGGCAUUGGAGGUCCAAGGGUAACAGGUCCAGUGCGUGUCGGCGAUCCCCUAACCUUGAUCAUCUAUAUGAGGAGCAAAUAUGACGGCUUCGACAUAGUGGUCAACGAUUGUUAUGCCCACAAUGGCGCCAACAAGCGGAUACAGCUCAUCGAUCAGCACGGCUGUCCGGUGGAUGACAAGCUCAUCUCACGCUUCAGGGGCUCCUGGUCGGAUUCUGGAGUGUACGAGACGCAGGUGUAUGCGUACAUGAAGACCUUCCGGUUCACUGGAUCCCCGGCGCUCUAUAUCGAGUGCGAUGUGCGCAUGUGCCAUGGACGGUGUCCAAGCCAACCAUGUCACUGGAGGAAUCUGAAAGCUGUGACCAAGCGCGAUACCUCCAACAUGACAGCCACAAACCUCUCGAUUCCUCCACUAUCAGACGAUGGCGAGGGACUGACCACAGAGAAUCCACCUGCCAAUUCCCUGUCCGAAAAUGUAAACCUUUUCCAGUCCCUGCGAGUUUUGCAGGAGGGAGAAACUGAUGGAGAUGAUGUGUAUGCCCAUCGGCAGACCAAACCCUUGUCGCCACAUCAAACAUGUUUAAAGACCAGCACAUUUUCGGCACUGACCGCCGGCUGUUCAGCGGUAUUGUGUGUGCUGACAGUUACUCUUUUCAUUGCCUGUUCGAGACUAAAACGUCGCAAGGAGUCCUCACUGUACGACUCCUAUAUUGCACAUAAAGGACAAAUCGAUUGA